UUGAUUUCUUCCUUUCUUCAUAAUUGUCAGCUCUUCUGGCCUUCACCUCUCUCUCUCUCUCUGUAUUAUUGUAUUAGUGUGCAAGAACUAUUCAUUUUCUUCCUCUUCUUUCUUUCUUUCUUUCUUGGAGCUUAAGCUCUUCCCAAACUCAUGGAUUCUGAAGCUUUGCUUGCAGAUCAUCAAGCAACUGAUGGGAUUGUUGAGGAGAAAAACACUGUCAAAGAGAAACGCUUGAAUGGAGAAGAGUCCAAAGACGAGGAGAAUGCAGCCAUUGCUGAUGCCGAUCGAGUAGUUCUUCAAGAAGCAGUCAUUUAUUGUUCUAAAAUGCCAAAUUCAACAUCAGAAAAAGAGUGCAGAAAAGAAGAGGCAAUUAAAGAGGUUGAUUCCUUCAGUGAAGUUGUUGAGACUACAAAUAAGACUACAGAGAUGAUCAAGGACAACAAGAAUGGUGAGCUCGAGGUGCCAUUGGAGACUGCAGAAGUUGCCGCUGCCAAUGGUGAGGUCGAGUCUCCUCCGGUCGAGUCGAACAAUGCUAAUUCAGCUGCCGGAGAUGCUGGGGGGAUCUCUGAGCAAGUAGUAGUGAUUCCAACUGAGUCGAGUAGCACUGCGUCUGCUACUUCAGAUGUUGCAAUUGCUGUGGAGACAAGAGAAAUAGAAGCGAAACUUGAAGAUCUAACAGAUUCUGUUAGUGUUAAAAUUACUGACGAUAUCGAAGUAGUUGCAGAUGAAGUCGAAAAACAAGUUUCAAUCACACUAGCGGCUGAUUCUUCAUCUACUGAAAUUGCUGAAGAAUUAAGAGAGGUAGAAGCUGAAGCUGAAGCUGAGCAACAAGUUUCAAGUGAUUCCAGAAUAGCUACUACUUCAGAUGUCGAAAAACAAGUUCUAAACGAGUCCAGUAAUGCUGCUUCAGCUACCUCUUUUGCCGAGGAAGCUAGAGAGGCAGAAACUAAAAUCGAAGAAGAGAAAAAAGAAGCAAUAGAAGUUGAAGAACUAGAAAUCAGAAACACUGAAGAUAAAAGUGUGGAUGAUGAGAAAGAAGCAGCAAUAGAAGUUCAAGAACAGGCUCUAAGUGAUUCUAGUACUUCCACUCUAAGUAAUGGUAAAAGGCUGGAAUCGAAGCUUAUAGAGGAUGAACAAGAGGUACCAGCAGACUCCGAGCAAAAAGAUCAGAGCAACGAAUCUGCAGGGGUAGAAGAAGCUAAAAUUGAUGAUGAUAAGACAGAAGUCGAAACAGAAGUGGAACAACAAUUUCCAAGUGAUUCCACCAAUGCAGAUGACAACCAGGAAGUGACAAUAGAAGCUGAAAAACAUGUUGCAACUGAGGCUAGUGGUGUUACUUCGAUUGUUGUUAGUGCUGAUGAAGUCGGAAGCACUGAAGCGAGAAUUAUGGAAGAUGAGAAAGAAGCAGAAAUAGAAGUUCAAGAACAAGUUCCAAGUGGUUCUAGCACUUCCACUCCGACUGACAGAAUCAGUGAGGAAACCCAGAAGUUAGAACCUAAGUUUGUAGAUGAAGAGGAAGUGGUGCGAGCCGAAGAUGAAAAGCAAAUUCCAGAAUUUACAGAGAUAGGAGCUAAAGUUGAUGUUGAGCAGCAAUUUCCAAGCGAUUCCGCUUCUGCUACUGGAAUUACUGAGAAAUCUCGGGAGAUAGAAGAUGAACUUGCAGACGACUACCAGGAAGUAAUAACAGAAGCUGAAAAGCAAGUUACAAGUGGGAAUAGCAAUGCUGCUUUAGCUUUUGCUACUGCUGCUGAAGUCGGAGAAACUGAAGCUAAAAUUGAAGAUGAUGAGAAAGAAGCAGCAACAGAAGUUCAAGAACAAGUUCAAAUUGAUUCUGAUACUUUCACUUCGGCUAACCGAAUUGCUCAGGAAACUAAAAGGCUAGAAUCUAAGCUUAUAGAUGAUGAUCAAGAGGUGCAGGAAGAAGCCAAGAAACAAAUUUCAAGUGAGGAAUCCUCGGAUGUCAGCGCGAAAAUUGACGAUGGUAAGACAGAAGUAGAACCAGGAGUUGAACAACAAUUUCCAAGUAAUUCAUUAAGUCCUACUUCAGUUAUUGUAGUUGCUGAAAUAUCAGGAGAGAUUGAAGCUGAGUUUGCAGAUGACAACAAAGAAGUGAAAACAGAAGUAGAAAAACAAGUUGCAACUAAAACUAAUGACGUCGCUUCAGCUGUUGUUACUGCAGAUGAAGUCAGAAAUACUGAAACUAAAAUUGACGACGAUGAGAAAGGAGAUCCAACGGAGGCUCAAGAACAAGUUCCGAGUGUUUCUAGUACUUCAACUUCAGCUGAUAGAAUUGCUGAGGAAACUAAAAAGUUAGAAUCUGAGCUUAUUGAUGAAGACAAAGCGGUGCUGAAUGAUUCUACUUCUGCCAUUUCUACUCCUGAUGAAUUCAUAGAGACCAAGGCUAAAAUUGUAAGUGACGAGGAAGGUGCAGUGAUAGAAGUUGGAGAACAAAUUUCAAGUGAUUCCAGAACUUCAGCUGCCAGAACUGAUGAAGUCAAACUUGCAGAUGAUAAUCAAGAAGUAGUGGUGAAUGCUGAAGAGCAAGUUCUAAUUGAAUCUAGCAGAGAUAUUUUUGUUGUUGCAGGUGUUGAAGAGAAUAAAGAGAUAGAUGCCAAGCUUAAACAUAAUAAUCAAGAAGAAGAAGCUGCAGAAGUUAGAAAGCAAGAACUGAAUCUUCAGGGAAAUGAAGCUGAUGCUGCAAAUGGCAAUGAACGAGUCAUAGCCAAGGAAGAAACGGAGAAUGCAACCAUUGACGGCAACUCAGACAACUCAAAUGUCACUGAGCCAAACACUAUAAAUCUGGUACAAGAAGAUGCAGGUACUGAUCGCACUUCAGUUGUACAAACCGCAGUCGAGAUCUCACAACCAGAAGUUGAGGUUGAAAUAAACAAGAUUGAUUCUGGUUCUUUCGCUGAAUUACCGACCAGAGAAGAAAAGCCUAAUGCGAGUGCUGAAAGUGUUGACAAGGAAGAUAACAUUUUAGAAGAUAAGGCAUUCAUGGAUAACCUAAAUGAUGUUAAUACGAUCAGUCAAGUUCCCCGAAGCAAUGAUCAGUCACAAACAGAUGCUAAAGACAUCAAUAUUGAGAUCUCGAAAGAAGAUAAAAUCACUUUGGUGGAGUCUUCAAAAAAUCUUGAUUGUAGUACUGAGACUAAUGAUGAAUUUGAAGGAAAGGAAAGUUCAGAAGGCAUUGAAAUAGCAGAGGGUGAAAAGGAGGAUAUUUUGAAAGUUGGCAAAGUGAUCUUGGAUGAAGACUCAAAACAUUCUUAUGCUCCUGACAUUACCGAAUCCUCAAACAAGAUUGAGAAAUUUGAAGUUGCCAAAGAGAAGUGUGAAGACUCAGAAAACAACAGUCCAAUUACUAAUGAAACAACUAAAUCAGCUGGUGAAAAUGCUGAUGCUUCAGGUAAUUUGUCUGUGGAAAAUAAAACAUAUGAGGAUAAAGAAGAAAAGCAAAGCAAAGAUGAAAGUGUCAACAGAGACUAUGUCGAAGCUCCAAAAGAUAUUGAUGUUAAAGAGGAGAUUGCAACUGCUGUUUCUGCAUUUGUGGAUGCUGACAACAAAAAAGAAGGUGAAAAAACUAUUGAUGAAAGCUUGUCUCCAAAAUCUGCUGAUCUUGUAAAGCUAGAAGAAGUUCCUAAAGAGAGUGCUCCUGCUAAGUCCUCUCCGCGUCGUUCAAACAACAUAAUAUCAAAGGUCAAGCAUCAAAUUGUCAAAGCAAAGAAGGCAAUCAUGGGGAAAUCACCAAGUUCAAAAGCCAUGUCACCGAAGAGCAAAGAAGAAAUCAAAUAGAUAUAGCAUAAGACUAAUUGUUUUAGUGUGCUCUAUUUAGUUGUUGAGUCCUGUAAAUAACUAAAGGGCCUAUGGAGUGUUUCUGAUCCUUGCUUCGACCAUGAAUGUACAAUGAGGUGGAAUCUCCUGCCAGGAUUCAAAGGAUCGACUAGAGGAAAUAAGGCUUCAGCUUGUUGCAGAGUUGUGUGUUUGUCUAGUUCUUGUUCUUAUUUGUAUUUAAAGGUUUGUUAUUUGUGAAGACAUUAUUUGGGUUCAGUGUGAUUUAUGACUUUUUUCCCCCUA